CCCCGAGGCCGUGGGGUGCUGUGGGGUCCGCAGGGAACGAGAGCAAGACCUUGUUGUGUUUAAUUGCUCUGCUGUCCUUGAGCCGCUGCCGGUGGCAUCGACCGCGCGCUCCUCAGUGGCAGGAGCGGUGGGACUUCUUCCCAGGGGAGGAGCAGCUCCAGGUUGGCUCCAAGGAAAGACCUCCCUGCUCCUGGGCACCUGCUGCCGGGGUGGGUGGGACACAAUCCAUCUCCCUGCUGUUGGUCUGAGCUCCUGUUUGCACCAACAUCCUGGGGAUCCCAGCUUGUCCUGGCUGCAGCUCCUGAGGUUGGGCUGGGGCUGGGUAAGAACCAUCUGAAGGGCUGGGCUGGGGCUGGGCUGGUGACACCAGCUGGGGCUGGGCUGGUGACACCAGCUCCCCAGAGCACGCCAGGCUCCUUCCCGGUACCUUCCCGGUGCUGUCAGAUCUCACGUUGGAGAGUGGCAUCAAUAAACAGAGCGAUGAUGGGAGAAGUUGUCAGGACCUGUUAAUGCCUUUGCAGAACCAAAGUCCUCAUGCAGGACCUGGUGUAUGAACCCCUCCUAAGCUGGGAUUUACGGCCUCCUCGGUGCUAGAAUGUGCCAGAGGGCAGCGCAGCCACAUGGAGCUGCUGAGAGCCACCAGCUGGUCAUCGCUGUGGGUGGGAGCAUUUUGGGGCUGCCAGGGCAGGUUCCUGCCAGGGUUCCUGCCUUCCCACUGCUGGGGUGGUGCCUGAAACUCCCUGGAAGAAGUUUGGGGUUUCGGGUCAGGGCGUGCUGUCUGACAGGAGCUGAACUUCCAUCUCUGGAAGUUGGGUCAGGCUGGAUGAGACUUUGAGCAACCUGGGAUAGUGGGAGGUGUUCCUGCCCUUCCAAGGAGGUGGAACAAGAUGAACUUUGAGGUCCCUUCCCACCCAAACCAUUCUGGGAUUCCAUGAAAAGUGCUGUGGUGGGGCUGUGCUGGGAGGGAGGUGUGGGGGCAGGACAGGAGGGCCUGGCUGCAGCCCUGUGUCCCUCAGCAGCCUCCCUGCAUCCUCCUCACCAGGACUGAAUGCAAGUAUGGGGAAGGAGGAAAUGGAAAGCAGAACUGAUUCUGGUUCUCAGUGGCUUGUCUCCGUCACACUGGCAGCGACACGGACCUGGCAAAAAUCUUUUUCUUCUGAAAAAUUGAUGAAUUCAACUUUUUAUUGGCAAAAAACCAGCUGAGGUGGCUGGCUGUCCCCCGCAGUGCCAGGACCUUGGUGUGGCCGGGCUGGCAGUGCCCUGCUCUGUGUCACUGGGCCCCACACAGCAGCUCCUGCCCCUCGUGCUGCUCCUCACCCACCACACAUGGCUCUAACAGCCUCGGUCACUGGACACUGCCAGGAUUUAACGACAUCCCAGUGACCUUCAGCAGCUCAAAUGUCACCAAUCCCUCUGCAGAGACAGCUCCCGUGCUGGUGGGACAACACGGCCAUCGUGGCCCUGAGUGCAGGUGGCAGCAACUCUGAAAACCACGGUGGUGACAAUUGACAGCAUUGUCCCAUGGUGGGACACGGACUCAAUGGCUCCUGUCCCUGCAGCUUGGGCCAGUGACUCUCACCCACCCUUCCCUGGCCUGGGCUGCUGGAAGAACUGGAGACAGAUGCACCCAGAAAGCAGCUUCAGGAACAGGGGACAAGCAGGAGCCACGGCUGUGCCCACCUGGUUGUCAGUUGGGCAGUGUACCCCCAGGCAGCACCCCAGAUGAGUGGGGACAUCAGGGUGUCACCCUGGGCUGUUGUAGGAUGGUGGGCAGGGCAGGCCUGUCACAGCCACUGGCCCAGGGCCUGGGACCCACUGGGGCAGGGAAGCUGGCAGUGGGGUGGCAGGGACACUCAGGAGGGCACGGCCAUGGCAGGGCACUAAGUGCCUGGAGAGGGAUUUGUUCAACUGCUUUAUUCUGUCAGGGGGUGGAUGGUGCCCCCCAAAACACUCCUUGGGCCCUGGCUGGCAGCACAUGAGGGUGGAGGAGGAGCAGAACCGAUGGCUGAAUACAGGGGCUUGGUUUGGACACCCAGCAGCCUCCAGCGCUGAGCCCAGGGCAGCAGCACAGAAGGGACAAUGUGGGCCCAGCAGGCCGAGAAGCACGAGGCAGCUCGAGGGGCUCUGCUUCCCUAAGUGCUGCUGCUGCUGCUGCUGCUGCUCUCCGGGGCUUUGGAGCUGGGCUGAGAGUGAAGGAGACACUGGGAGAGGCGCCGGAGCCAUUCGGUGCAGGGAUGGAGGCCGGAGCCCUCCCGCCCGGAGCAGCCGGGGCUUUGGGGGGGUUUUGGGUGAGCAGGCCGGGGCUGGCAGUGCAGGGAGGCAGCGCAGGAUCACCCUGGGCUCCCGCACGGCGCAGCUGCCUCCCGACACAAUCCCUUCAAACCGCACUAACCCAGCCCAGUGACCGGGAGCGGAUCCGCCGAUAGCCAGGCCCUGGGAAGGAUCGCGGUGCACGGCCUGGGGAAGAGGUUCCUGUUCACUCGCCAGCUCCGACCCGCCUCCAGGGCCGGGCCAGGGCAAAGCUCCCGGCCUCGUGCCAGCUUAUUAACGAUUAAACUAAUUUAAGCAUCCCGAGCAUCCGCGGGCGUUGUGCCGGCUGCGCCCCGGGGGAAGGCUGGGAUGAAGGCUCGCAUUCACACUCACACUCACGCUCACGCUCACACUCACCCCAGCCCUCCCCUUCCGUGGCCGCUGCUGCGUCCCCGCUCGCUUGGGCUGCAGACACGGGCACACGCAGCGCACACAGCGGGCCCCGUGCCCCUGUCCCCCCCCCGGGGUUUUCCUGCUCGUUCCUCCCCUGCUUGCACACAGGCACAUGGACACGGACACGCGUGUGCGUAUUGUGGGAUCCAGGCACAGGAAUAUGCCCAGGGAGAAACGGGGACACUCCCACGCACGCACACACACAGGCACAGACACACUUGCAGUGACAUGGAUGUGCACGCACGGUAUGGCAUCCCACACGUGUGUGCAAUGACAUGGAUGCGCGCACACACACACACUCUUACACACACACUUACACACUCACACACACUCUUACACACUCUCACAUCCCCAAGCCCAUUCGCGGCCCCCCCAGCCCGGCCCAUUGCCGUGGCGCCCCGGCCCGGCCCCACCCCCGCAGCGCUGCCGGCCCCAGCCCGGGUCCCGGCCCCUUCCGUCCCUUUCCCGCCGUCGCGGCCAUGGCUGAGGAGGUGCUGGCUCUGCGCGAGCGGCUGUUGUUCCAAACCACCUGCUCGGUGUGUCUGGAAUUAUUCAGGGAGCCCGUGCUCACGGCGUGCGGGCACAGCUUCUGCCAGCACUGCCUGGCGGGCGUGCUGGGGUACCCCCCGCGCUCCGCCGCCUGCCCGCAGUGCCGCGACCCGGUGCAGCCGGGCUCGGCGCGCCCCAACCGCUCGCUGGGCGACGUGGCGGACGCGGUCCGGUCCCUGGGGGAGGUGGCGGCGUGGCCGCGGUGCCCCCAGCACGGCAAGCCCCUGGCGCUGUUCUGCCAGGCGCCCUGCGCCGCCCUGGUCUGCGCGCUCUGCCGGGAAGGGCCCGAGCACCGCCUGCACCGUGUCUGCCCCGCCGAAGAGGCCGCCCGGGAGCUGCGGGAGACACUCCAGAGAAACCUGCUUUCUUUACAAGAACACAAGAAAUACUUGAACAGCAGAGGAGACCAGAAAAGUGAUAAGCUGCUGACGGCGGUGAUGUGGGAGUUGCAGCGUUUGCCUGAGACCUUUGAGGAGCUGCAGCGGUGCAUGGAGGAGCAGAAGAAGAUCCUGCUGGCCCAGCUCGAGCAGAUGUCCCAGGAGCUGGUCAGUAAGAGCGAUGAAUACAAGUCCAGGGUUUUGGAGAGGCAGUCGCUGCUGGACACGGUGAUUGCGCAGAUCAAGGAGAAGCGGGACCAGCCGGCAGUCAAGUUCCUCAUGGAAGUUGGCAGAAUCCUGCGCAGCUGUGAGGCAGCCAAGGCCCCGAUCCCAGAGCCAGUUUCCUCAGAGCUGCAGAGGAGCGUUGAGAGCCUCACUUGGAAGAGCCAGCAGGUCGCGGACAUAGUGGACAAAUUCAAAGUGAGCCUGCGGAACGAGAUGGACAGGGGAAAAAGGGAGCAGGUGACACUGGACCCAGAGACGGCGAAUCUUGGCCUGAUCCUCUCGGACGACCGCAAAACAGUCCGGUUCAGUGGAAAAUAUAACCCCCCUGACAUCCCCAAGAGGUUCACGGGCAACCUCAGUGUCCUGGGCUCCGAGGGCUUCACAUCUGGGAGGCAUUACUGGGAGGUGGAGGUCUGGAAUAAGGGCUCCUGGGCCCUGGGGGUGGCCCUGGAGUCUGUGCCGAGGAAGGAGUUGCUCAACCUGCUCAGGUCUGAGAAGGUCUGGGCCCUGCAACUGGACUGGAGGGGCCAGUACAGAGCAGAACGUGUGUCCCCUUACCCGCUGGCGCUCGGGGAGGCGCCUCAGAGAAUCAGGCUCCACCUGGACUACGAAGCGGGCCAAGUGACCUUCUACAACGCAAAGGACAUGACGCAGAUCUUGCAGUUUGAGGCCACCUUCACUGAGAAAGUCUUCCCGUAUUUUUGGGUCUGCUCAAAAGAUACCCACAUCCGGGUGGUGUGACAGAUAGGGUGGGAUGGCUGCCGGGCCCCUGGCCGUGCCCUUGGCUAGCUGAGCAGGGAGCAGCUGUGGGAAUGUCACACUGCAGCCUCACUGCAGCUCUGCCUGGGCUGGGUCCUCGCUGCAAUGUUCUGCAUCUCCUCCCGCUAAGUCCUUUGGAGCAUUAAAGAAGUGCUGUCCUGCC